AUGUCCAUGGCCACUCAUGGCACUCGGAGAUAUUUGACGCGCAGUUGCGGGCAAACUGGCACUGGAUAUGGAGCAGCACUCGACGACGGGCAACUUUGCACGCUGCACGUCCUUGCCUUAGUCAGCCGCGUCGUGUCGUUGGUGGAGUCACGGGCGUCAGUGCUGGCUGAGUGGCCCGCCUGGCGCGAUCAAAGUGCACCGCAGUCUGCGACUCAAGCCUACGGAACCUUCGUGGGUACCGAUGCGAGAAAGCAGAGCAAAGCACACUUGCCUGUGCCGGACAGCCAGCCAGCCAGCCAGGCUGAUUCUGAAACGAGCUCCACAGCCGCGGCAUGCCCAUCUGCUCAGCAUGGCUGUCAUCCUUCCGUUUUCAAGACGGGCGCUCGAUGCUUUGGGCAGGACGAGGGCUGGCCGCAGCAGUGUCUUCAGACACCAGCCCGCUUCCUCUUCUCUGCGGGAGAAAGCGUUCAGACCUCGCUGGCUGCCCUGGUAGCCAUGCUGGCAAGUCCUAUCCGUCCGAGAGCUAGACUGCUGUACGGACCGUCUCUCUCCCUCGAGCGCAAGCAGGAGGCCAGUGUUCGACGUCCGUUGCGCCCACGCGAGACGACCUCAGACGACCAGCACUGGGAGCAUACCCGAGGAGCAGCAUGUGCAACGUGGAGACUCGAGAUGGUGUUGGAUGUGGACGCAGUGGGGCAUGAUAGGAUCAUAGUCGUUGCGGUGAGUAGAUGCGCUGGCGAAGCUAGCCGGAUCCAGAAGGGUCCAGCUCAAGUCACGCCUUCUGCCUUUUCACUGCCUCGCCCUCAACAGCCACCCGCACACCACACACAACCUGCGUCAAUAUUCUUCACGCUGUCUCGCGCUCACAAUCUAGGGUCCCAGUUCCUUGGAUGGGGCGUUGGCGCCACCAUGUACAUGCCAUUACCUCUACCAACCCAGUCGAUCGUACAUGCUCCCGUCCUCGCUGCCAACCCGCACAUCCAUGGCUUUUAUCCUGCAAAUCCCACUUGCACACUCUUCUACGGAGUACAGUUGCAUGACAUAGUGGGGAAAUGGGAAACGGGGAAUGGGGAAACAGGAAAUGAUGAAUGGUAA